AUGCUAAGGCUUGCUCAUGGUACCUCCAUUGGCGUCCAGCAGAAAAGAAUGGCAGGUUCACUGGAGGCAUGCUGCACAGAACAAUUUAAGUUUGAGAUAAAGACUAUGACUGCUGGAGAAAAUGUGACCCUGACAUGUCCUCGUCAGACCUCUCCUCUCUACCAAGAAACAUUUUACUGGAUCCGCCUUGUUUCUGGAAACUGGCCUGAAUUUCUUGGAGCAACAUUUAACUCUGUGGACAAUGAAGCUUCAAAAAUUCCUCACAUUCAGACAAAACAACAACCAGGGGAAUUUCUUCUUUAUGUGAAUAAAGCUCAGCGAAAUGAUACUGGACUUUACUACUGUAUCAAAGUCAGGCAACUGGACUUUAUAUUUGUGAAUGGAACUUUUGUGAAGAUUAAAGGACAGGAACCCGAUGUAACUGUUGUCCUUCAGAAGCUUCCAUCUGAUCCAGUUUAUCCAGAAAACCCAGAGACUCUACAGUGUUCGGUUCUCUCUGGCUCUGAUACAAAGACUUGUCCAGCUGAUGACCAGGUGUACUGGUUCAGAUCCGGAUCAAAUCAUUCUCAUCCCCGUCUACUUUAUCUACAAGAAACCAGUGAAGAUGACUGUGAGAAAAGUCCUGUGGUUCCCUCUACACAGAAAUGUUUCUACAACUUCUCUGAGACCUCUGAUGAUGUGACAUAUUACUGUGCUGUGGCCGCAUGUGGACAGAUAUUAUUUGGAAACGGAGCAAAACUGCACAUCAAAGAAUCCUGGUCACAGCAGGUCAACAUUUUCAUCUGCUUUUGCUUGGCUAUAAGCUUAAGUUUUUUAGCUGUCCUUAUGUAUGUAAUCAAGAAAAACAAUGGCAACGGUUCAAAAGCCCUGCGUACAAACAGUGUGGCGUCUAAAAGUCGACAGGUGGAUGUUUACACUGUUGUCAUCUUUACAAUAAUGAAUACUGACAAUGGUGGUAAAAAGAAGGCAAACAAAGAGACAACGAAGAUGUAUGCUAAAGUGGCUUUUUUGCACUGA